AUGGUGGUCAAAGAGUACUCAAUCAAGUUCAACUCCUUGGCUAAGUUUGCACCCACACUAGUCAGUACACCACAGACCCGAUUGGAGAGAUUUGUGGGCAGACUUCAUCCCAUUAUCACCAGAGACGUUAUGUCAGGUCAUCAGCCCUCCCAAACAUAUAGUGAAGCACUCAUUAGAGCCAUCAGAGUGGAGGUGUACUUGAGGAAGGAGACCAAAUUAAAUCUUCCCCUAGCAGUGGCAAGCAAUCCUCUCCAGAUUGGCCAGUCCAGUAGUGCAAAACAAGUUGUUGGCAAAGACGAUAAUGGUAAAAGCAAGAAAAGAGUCCCACCUAAAGCCAACAAGAAGGACAUAAAGAAAAAGGGCCAACAGAGGAAAUGUGAGAUCAGUUACUAUAAGAAAUGUCGAAGGAGACACAAGGGUGAAUGUCUGGUGGGGACCAAUGUUUGUUUUAGAUGUCGCCAGCCAAGUCAUAUUGCAAGAGAUUGUCCCAUUGGUUCUAUAACUUUAGUACCCGUAGUUGGAGGUAUGACAACCAGGGUAUAUAAUGUGGCCCAUAUGGAGGCAGAUGCUAACCCUUCAAUAGUCAUGGGUCAGUUCUUAUUCCAUGAUACUCCUUUGUAUGUCUUGAUUGAUUCUGGUGCUACACAUCCCUUCAUCUCCUAUGGUAUGAUUAAAAGAAUAGGGUUAAUUCCUAUUAGAGUAAACAUGCCAUUAGGAUUGAAUUGCCUGAUGGUGAGGGUGUAG